AUGAGCCCGGGGAGUCCUCGGAUCCUGUGCCUCGCACUGUCCGUCCUCACUUGCCUCCAAAGAGGGCGGGCCAUCGACUGCUUCAAGUGCGUCUCGAUCGAUGGCGACAACAAGCCCUGCGAUGACCCAUUUCAUAACAAUGGGAGCCUCGCCUUCUUGGAAUCGCCCUGCUUGGGCGGUCGAAAAGGGCGGGACGGUCUCUUUCCGGCGACGGCCUGCAUCAAAAUCGCCGGUGUAUACGACGAAUCCGGCGAGUCUCUCAUGGUGAGGGGUUGCGCGCUAGACAGCGGCACUCUGACUACCGACUCCGAGAUCAUCAGGAUGUCCCACUGCGGCGGAUUCUAUUUCGACGACAAGUACGUGCGCGGAUGCGUACAGUCUUGCAGCGACGCGGAUGCGUGCAACGCGUCGUCAGGGGAAUUGGCAACGCUGAUCGCUUUGAUACUGCCGAUCUUCGCAGGACUACUCUAGUAACGCGUGCUUUUCGACACGAUGAUGAAUGUGUGUGUAUGUACAUACGCAA